AAUUCGGUCACUUAUCACGGUUAGUUCUCUUGGUUUAGCGCGACAUAUAGAUAUAUGUUAAAUCUAGCUUUAGUCGUCUUUUAUUUUAAUUAACAUUAAGUCACUGUGUUAUACGCAGUACGGUCGUUAAUAAUAAUAAUCUAUUAACGUAAACUUCUUCGUUCAGUGCUACCUUACGUUACAUAGCUGUAUCCAAAAAUGCUGACCACUCGCUCUCCUCUCUCCAAGAAGAAUGAAAACGGCAUCGUUUCCAAGAUGAACACUGUUUCACUGACCGACAAAGAGAAUACUCCCCCUAGCCUCAACAGCACUCGAAUUCUGGCGUCCAAAACGGCGCGGAAAAUCUUUGCAGAAACUGAGGUUACGUCGAAAGAUUCUAAGAAAGCGAGCGUGCAAGAUGAGCCUUUAUUGAGAGACAAUCCCCGCCGGUUCGUUAUCUUUCCCAUUAAAUACCAUGACAUCUGGCAGAUGUACAAAAAGGCAGAGGCCUCCUUCUGGACUGCUGAAGAGGUUGACCUUUCUAAGGACCUGGCGCACUGGGAAUCUUUGAAGGAUGAUGAAAGGCAUUUCAUCUCUCACGUACUGGCCUUUUUUGCUGCCAGUGAUGGCAUUGUUAAUGAGAAUCUGGUGGAGCGUUUCAGCCAGGAGGUCCAAGUGACGGAGGCACGUUGCUUCUAUGGAUUCCAAAUUGCAAUGGAGAACAUCCACUCAGAAAUGUACAGCCUGCUCAUUGACACCUACAUCAAAGACCCCCAAGAGAGGGAGUAUCUUUUCAAUGCCAUUGAAACUCUGCCCUGUGUGAAGAAGAAGGCUGACUGGGCUCUGAACUGGAUUGGAAACCAAAACGCACAGUAUGGGGAGCGUAUUGUGGCCUUUGCUGCGGUUGAAGGAAUCUUCUUCUCUGGGUCAUUUGCUGCCAUUUUCUGGUUGAAGAAGAGGGGUCUGAUGCCUGGUCUGACCUUCUCCAAUGAGCUUAUCAGCAGAGAUGAGGGCCUUCAUUGUGACUUUGCGUGCCUCAUGUUCAAGCACUUGGUGAACAAGCCAUCUGAAGAAAAGGUUAAAACGGUCAUAAUGGAUGCUGUUGCAAUUGAGCAGGAGUUCCUCACAAAAGCCCUUCCAGUGAAGCUGAUUGGCAUGAAUUGUGACCUGAUGAGACAAUAUAUUGAGUUUGUGGCAGACAGACUAAUGCUGGAGUUGGGUUUCAGUAAGAUCUACAGGGUGGAAAAUCCCUUCGAUUUCAUGGAGAACAUCUCUCUGGAAGGCAAGACAAAUUUCUUUGAGAAGCGAGUGGGGGAAUACCAGAGGAUGGGAGUGAUGUCCGGCACCGUGGACAACUCUUUCCGACUGGAUGCUGACUUCUGAGACCAUCCUCCCCAUCCCCUCCCCUUUGAGCUGGGACACUAAACGCAUUAAACACUUGAAGUGGCUGGAACAGAACACGCCACCCUGAUCCACCUCCAUAUUCCAAUCCACAUCGCAGUCCGUUUUCACACCUGAAGCCGCUAGCUAGUGCUAUAGCAGUAGGUCAAUCAAGCAACCGUUUGCACACAUGCGUUCUUGCAGCAGCUCGUUUGUUUGUAUAUAUUGUUAAAGUUAAUUUUUUAGUGUUGCUAGAUUUUGGUAAUGGGAAAUCCAAAAUGCGGUAUUUAACUGAACUAAAUUUCUGGUACAUGCUCUUAAGACGUCUAAGUUAUUUUUAUGUUUUCAAUGUAAAGUGAUGAGUUUUAAUAAAGUGAGUGUCUUUAUGUAUUUUA